AUGAAUCGAGCAGUAGGUGAUAAAAAUAAUGGGCCGUUAACGGUAAACGAACUAGAGACAGCAAAUACGACAAUCAUCAAAAUAAUUCAACGCGCACAUUUUCGGCAAGAAUUGAGAGAGUUAAAUAGUGAAAAUGCGAAUGUGUCAAAAAAAAGUAAACUACUGCGUCUUAGUCCAUAUAUUGAUGGGGAUAAUAUUAUACGCGUCGGAGGACGUUUAAAAUACGCUAUGGGGAUAAAUGACAAUCAGAAACAUCAAAUUGUAUUGCCUGAUAACUGUCUUUACACAAAAUUAUUAUUCCGUAAAGAACACAUGGAUUUGAUGCACAGUGGACCUCAAGCCUUGGUGGCCUCUAUUAGGCAGCGCUACUGGCCUUUAAAAGCGCGAAGUUUGGCUCGUACUAUAGUACACAAUUGCGUUAAUUGUUUUAAACUGAAACCUCAAAUAGUACAACCGAUCAUGGGGAGUCUGCCUGGUUCACGGGUACAGAGUGGAAGAGCAUUUGCCAUAUGUGGUGUAGAUUUUGCGGGUCCAGUCAUGAUAAGAACGAGCUUGCAUCGUAAGGCACCAUGUAACAAAGGAUACAUCAGCAUAUUUGUAUGUUUCGCGACAAAGGCGAUACAUAUCGAACUCGUGAGCGAUUUGUCAACGAAGACAUUUUUACAGGCGUUGAACAGAUUUUUUGAUCGACGUGGCAAAAGUUCAAUAAUUUACAGUGAUAACACAAGAAAUUUUGUGGGCAUGCGUCGGCAUUUAAAGGAGGUGUACACACUUUUCCAGUCCCCAGAACAUCAGCGAUCCGUUUUCUCUCAUCUAGCGGACAAAGGAAUUGAGUGGCGAUUUAUANCAGCGGACAAAGGAAUUGAGUGUCAAUUUAUACCACCCCGUGCACCGCAUUUCGGUGGACUUUGGGUGGCUGCGGUCAAAAGUAUGAAAAGUUUGUUAUAUCGCGUUUUGGGAAAAGCUCGGCUCACGUACGAAGAAUUAUUAACUGUACUAACGAGAGUGGAAGCUGUACUUAACUCGCGACCAAUAACUCCAGUAUCCUCUGAUCCGGCUGAUCUAACCUAUCUCACACCAGGUCAUUUUUUAAUUGGCGAUAUAAUGACUGCCAUACCGGAAAAGGACGAGACGACCACGCCUAUUACUCACUUAAAUAGGUGGAGAAUAGUCUCUCAUUACACCCAAGUACUUUGGAAACGGUGGCACCAAGAGUACUUAUCUCAACUACAGGNAUGGCACUAA